AUGCCUCUGACCAAGACGCCCCCUCUCCAGGCCUCCCCCUGCCCAGCCCCAGAUCCGAGGUGCUCAGACGUCUCCAUGACAACCAGGGCCUUGCAGGAGCUGGAUGGAGGCCUGGGCAGCUGCCAAGCAGGGGAGGACCUCUCCACACUGGCUGACCCCUGCCCUGACCAGCCCCAGGAGGACAGGGCUCAAGCGAUGCCCAGGCUGGCCGACUCUAGCGGCUGGCCCCAUGUUUCUCAAGCUGAGGGCAGCCCCACAAGCAGUGUGGAUGCCAGGCCCAAGAAGACAGAAAAGGAGCCCGUGGCCAAAGUGGCCCCAGGACCCGGGAAAGAGAGGCUGAAAGCAGGAGCAACGCCCCGGAGCCCCAUGCGCAAGAAGGUGCAGGCCUCACCACCCCCGGCCCCGGCCCCGAGCGAGGAGCUGCCCUGGGGAGACCUGUCACUCAACAAGUGCCUGGUGCUCGCCUCAUUUGUGGCGCUGCUGGGCUCGGCCUUCCAGCUGUGCCGCGAUGCUGUGGCUGGGGAGGCAGAGGCCCCUGCACCUGUCCCUGAGCCGUGGGUACCUCCAAGCUCUGCCCCCGAGCCAGCGUCAGCCCCGGUCCCGAAGCUCAAGGCCUGGGCGCCCCCAUCGGGACCUCGGGCGCCCCAGGUGGAGAAGGAGGAGAAGGCCGAGGUUCCAGCAAGCCGGGAGAGUGCAGAGAAGGCUGCUGGGGAAAAGCGCGCGCCCAAGGAGCCUCCACGCAAGGAGGAGAGACCUCGAAAGGAAAGACCGCGGAAGGAGAAGCCGGGGAAGCCGGUGAGGCCUCCGAAGCAGCAGAAGCCACCGGCCGCCAGGGAGCCCCGAGCAGCCCUACCCCGGCGCUGGGAGCUGCGCGAAGGGGGCCAUCGGCAUUGGAUGCAGGACUCCCGAGACCCGGGACACAAAAAGAGUCAGGCCUGGGACUCCCUGCGGCGCCCCGACACGGACCGGCCUCCCCGACGCCAGAAGCACCCUGCGGGCAAAGGGCGGGACUGA